GCAGCCGCGGAAUUUUAUAUCAUGGAUUUGAAUCAAUCCAAUAUUGUCGUCCUCGAUGUGUCUCAAGAGGAGUUACACCUAUCUGCAAAGAUGGCUUCCAGGAGUACGCCACACUUCAAGCCCCCGUUGACCAUCAUCAUCCCAUACGGGCUGAAGAGUUGGCUAGAAUGUCUUUGCAGAGCGAUAUUCAUUGAGGGACCAAGGCAGAUACCGGAAUUUAUUGCCGCCUAUUGCGUUGAGCUGCUGGAAUUUAGAGAACGCAAUCCUUUGAUGGAUACCAAGGAUGUUACACAUCUGUACCAGGAGAUACGGGAGUCAAAUUACGUCAAAGACUGGAUAGUAUGCCCAGUGCCACAAGCUGCCAUAGACUGCUGCCUGACUGAGGAGACCCUGUCUGUCAGCCAGAGGACCAAUCCAAGGUCGUUCAAGGUCCCCUCCAGCAAGCCCAUGGGUGAGCCAGAUAAGCAGGUUCAGACUCUGAGCAGUCUCCCUGGAGAAACCCACCAUAGAACCCACCCUGGAGAUGGACCUCAGUCCAGCCCAACCGACCUUGGAGGUCAACCCAGCCCAGCUGUGGAAGAGGAGGCCCAGGCCCGGCCAGGCUCUGCUGUGAAGUCAGUUGUGUUCCAGAGGGCUCCAUCAUUGGACAGUCUACUCGAGGCCAACCAUUCUCAAGUCUUGAUCAGCGCUCCAACCGAUGACGUCAUUAUCUCCCACUCUGCGAACCUUCAGGAGACCAUUGUCUUCCGAAGCAACAGUCGUCCAUAUUCAGGUGUAUCUCCCCGAGGUAGUUUGACUAGGAUUCCUUCGGUUGGUGAGGUUGUUAAGAUCGGGGUGAAUGACACAACUGAAGUGAUGUCUGAUGUGGUGGUGUUCCACCAAGUGUCCUCAGUGGAGAACCUGCCCUGCACGCUGUCUGCCUUGAGUAAUACCUCUUUAGCUGCUGAGGAAACAGUGGAUCAGUUGAUGAGAAGCAGAGAAUUCUUACUGGAGAAUGUGGUGUCUGGCUCGCCGUCCAUUAAGAUGGUGGCUUCAGCUGCAGCUUUGCAGCAGGCAAACACGGAGAAAGUAUCCUCCUCAGAGAUAGUGGGAGUCGGCGCAGCACGGAGAGUGUCCUCAGUCAGGAUACCCAGUAGAGAGGAGAGUGUGGGGAGAACAACAGAGACAAUAAAGAGAUACACAUCUCCACAAAUAUCUCUUCUGUCAGCUCAUUCUGCUGAAUAUCUGAAGGCUACAUACAAGCCAUCCACCCCCAGCCUUGCCAGGGUUUCCUCUGCACCUUGUGGUGAGAGAGAGGCAACAGCAACUAUUUCACCUAAAUCCAGUCUGGCCAGGGUUUCCUCUGUCUCUACUGGUGAGAGAGCAGCAGAACCAGCCUGCAAAGAAGUCUUCUCUAAUGUGGAAGAGACUUACACAUUACCAUCAACAGAGGACCUACUGGUGUCUUCAACUGCUUCAGUUGGUAGAAUUUCACCAGAGGUGUCUGCAAUAUUUUCCAAAAGUGUUUUAUCAGGAAGAGCUUUCUCUGAACCAGAAAUAGUUGGUGCAGCACACAGAGGGUCCUUAGUCAGGAUAACCAGUAGACAGGAGGAUGUGGGGAGAACACCAGAUAUUCUGGGAGAUGUGCAUCUCUCUGGUGUAUCUCCACAAGCAUAUUUUGUGUCAGACUCUCCAGUGAUGUUUGAAGAAGAGGACUGUUGUGUAAUCACCACUCACUCUGCUUCAGUGAAGAAAGUAGUCAAAUUGGCCCACUCAGAAAAUAUCUCUCCUACUACUUCACCCAGCAUAGACCUGGCCUGGGAGGAGCUUCUGCAGACAUCAGCAUCCGACGUGGAUAAAGUAGCCCUCAAGGCUUUCGAGAUUGUGAACCAAAAAUUACAAUGCUUAGGGAUAGAAACAUCUGAAUUGGCCUCAUCCAACCCUGUGGUUGUGUCUCAGUCUCUUAACACUCUCUCUUAUAAGGAUCUCUCUCACUCGCUUUCAGCUGUGGAGGAAUUCUCUACUGCCUCAGCAAGACACUCAGAAGGUGACAUCUCUGAAAUAGCUUCCUCUGAAACAGCAGUAGAGGGAGAAGCAAUCUCUGUUAGGGAGAUUACACCAGCAGUGUCUGCAAGGUGUUCUACCAGUAAUGUAUCAGAAAGAGUUCCCUUUGAAAAAGUAGUUUUGGGAGCAGCAGUACCAUCAUUGGAGGAGCUAUCAGAGUCACCAACUGCACUUGCCUUUGUGGGUGAGGCUUCACCAGCAGUGUCUGCCAAUGAUGUAUUAGAAAGAGCUCCCUCUGAAACUGCAGUAGUGGGAGCAGAGCUACUAGAGAGACACACAACUCCAAAAGUACCUCCACAAACAUCAUUUGUGUCAGCUUAUUCUGAUGGAUUGAUGAAUGCUACAAACUUGUCACCUCAAUCCAGCCUGGCCAGGAUUCCCUCUGGAUAUAUCAGUGAAGGUGUGUCACCAGCAGUGUCUGCAAUAUGUCCUGCUAGUGACUUGCCAGAAAGAGCUUCCUCUGAAACAGCAGUAAUGGACUCAGCGCCCAGAGUGAUCCACUCUACACCAUCAAUGGAUGAGCUACUGGUUUUACCAACUUCUGUUGAUGGGUUUUCACCAGCAGUGUCUGCAAGAUCUUCAAGAGGUACUUUGUCAAAAAGGGCUCCCUCAGAAACAGCAGUGGAGGGGGUAAGAUAUUCUGAAAGUGGUUUAUCAGGGAGCGCUUUCUCUGAAACAGAACUAGUUGAUGCAGCACAAAGCGUGUCCUCCGUCAGGAUACCCAGUAGAGAGGAGAGUGUGGGGAGAACAGCAGAGACACCAGAGAGACACACAUCUCCCAGAGUUUCUCCACAGACAUUUUCAGCUACAGGCUUGUCAUCUAAGCCAGAGCCCCCUCUGAGUGAUUCUCUAACAGAGUCAGGAUCUUUGGAAGUCAUCUUUAAUAUGGAGGAGACUUAUACAACACCAUCUAUGGGGGAGAUUGUUCCACCAACUCCUGCUGGGGAUGGCAUUUCUGCCUCUACUGGUGAAAGAGCAGCAGAAUCAGCUUCUAGAGAACUGUUGUAUAUGGAUGAGACAUAUAAACCACCAUCAAUGGCAGACCUACCAGGGUCUCCAGCUGCUGUUGGAGGCAUUUCACCAGCAGUGUCUGAUAGAUGUUCACAAAGUGACAUGGCAGAAAAAGCUCCCUCAGAAACAGCAGUAGGCAGUCACACAUCUUCCAGAGUACCUCCUAAAGUUCCUCCACAAACAUCCUGGAGCUCAGCUACAGGCUUGGCAUCUAAGUCCAGUUUGGCCAGGGUUCCCUCUGUGUCUCUCAGUGAUGGUGCAAAAGUACCAGCUCAGAUAGACAAAACACUGUCAAUGGAGGAGCUACUGGCGUCUCCAUUGUACUCUCAGUGGGCAAUGUCACCAGCCAGUUCUGAAAGAGUGUCCUCAGUCAGGAUACCCAGUAGAGAGGAGAGUGUGGGGAGAACAGCAGAGACACCAGAGAGACACACAUCUCCUCUAGAUUCUCCAAGAGUUUCUCCACAAACCUCUCUUGUAUCAGCUCAUGUUGUUAAAUCUCUGUCUGGUACAGACAUUUCUCAACAAUCCAGUCUGCCUAGGAUUCCCUCUGCACCAUCAAUAGACAGAUACACAUCUCCCAGAGUUUCUCAAAGAGUUUCUCCACAAUCCAGUCUGGCCAGGAUUCCCUCUGCACCAUCAAUGGAGGAGCUACUGUUGUCUCCCUCUGCUUCUGUUGGUAGAGUUUCUACAGCAGUUUCAAGACGAUCUUUAAGAAGUAGUUUGUCAGAAAGAGCUCCUGAAACAGUCAUAAGGUAUUCUGAAAGCAUUUUAUCAGGAAGAGCUCUCUCUAAAACAGAACUAGUCGAUGCAGCACAGAGAGUGUCCCCAGUCAGGAUACCCAGUAGAGAGGAGAGUGUGGGGAGAACACCAGAGACAUGCACAUCUCCCAGAGUUUCUCCUAGAAUUUCUCCCAGAGAUUCUCCACAAUCCAGUCUGGCCAGGAUUCAAUCUGCACCAUCAAUGGAGGUGCCACUGGUGUCUCAAUCUGCUGCUGUUGGCAGAGUAUCUCCAGCCAGGAGUGGAGUUUCUCUAGUAAUGCCUCUAGGAAUUUCUGCAGCCAAUGUGGUUGGGCCAGUGUGUUUCAAAGAUGUGUCACAGAUUAUGCCGACUAAAACACCUGAGAAUCAGGGUUCGGCCUCCUCCGUCAGAAUACCCAGUAGAGAGGAGAGUGUGGGGAGAACAGCAGAGACACCAGAGAGACACACAUCUCCCAGAGUAUCACCAAGAGCUUCUCCAGGAGUUUUUCCACAAACCUCUCAUACAUCGGCUCACGUUGGUGAAUCUCUGUCUGGUACAGACAUUUCUCCACAAUCCAGUCCUGCCAGGCAUCCCUCUGCACCGUCAAUGGAGGAGCUACUGUUGUCUCCAUCUGCUUCUGUUGGUAUAAUUUCACCAGCAGUUUCAAGAACAUCUUCAGAAACAGCUCCUUCUGAAACAGUCAUACGAUAUUUUGAAAGUGAUUUAUCAGGAAGAGCUUUCUCUGAAACAGAACUAGUCGAUGCUGCACAGAGAGUGUCCUCAGUCAGGAUACCCAGUAGAGAGGAGAGUGUGGGGAGAACACCAGAGAAACCAGAGAGACACACAUCUCCCAGAGUUUCUCCUAUAACUUCUGCAAGAGUUUCUCCAAGAUUUUCUCCACAAACAUUUCUUCUAUCAGCUCAAGUUGGUGAAUCUCUGUCUGGUACAGACAUUGCACCACAACCCAGUCUGCCCGGGAUUCCAUCUGCAGCAUCAAUAGAGGAGCUACUGAUGUGUCUAACUGCUUCUGUUGAAAGAAUUUCACCUGCAGUUUCAAGAUCUUCAAGAAGUAGUUUGUUAGAAAGUGCUUCCUCUGAAAAGGCAACAAUUAAAGCAGUAUACAGAGAAGAGAGUGUGGAGAGAACAGCAGAAACAACAGAGAGUCACACAACUCAACAAGUGUCUUUCAGAGCUCCUUUGGCAACAUCUAAGACAAGAGUCCUUUCUGAUGUGGCAGUUUUGUACAGACCAUCCAUUGCUGAAGGCCUUUGUCUUGAGGUCUUGGACAUGGAGUCUGACCAGGUGAAAACACCAAUGAGUGCCAUAGCUCCCUCUCACACUGCAGCAAUGGAAACAGCUCAGGAUACAGUCAGGAUACCCAGUAGAAAGGAGAGUGCAAGGAGAGCAGCAGAAACACAAACAUAUUUUGCAUCAGGAUUAUUGGACAACAGUACACAAGUUUCAGGAACUUCAGUCCGCCUUCAUGAAGAGGUGACUGCCCACCCUACCGAAGUGCAGCAGGGGACCCUGCAACUUGGAGUUUCUCUAGGAGUUUCUCUAGCCAAUAUGGUUGGGCCUCAAAACACACAGUCACAGAGUGUACAGACUGGACCAGAUUAUCAUGACCCGCCCUCACAUAGCGUUCCUAUUGGAGCAGGACGUGUCACUCCUGAUGCUCAGCCUGCCUUCGAGGAUUUUACCAAUCAGGUCUGGACACUAUACCACUUGGACAAUGAGACGGAGGAGGGCACACUGUCCACUAACACUAUCUCCCAGCCUCCGUUCAAUGGAAGUGCUUUCAUUCGCAACUUUGGGUCUGGACAUGUGUUACUGGCAGAGAGGUCCCCUUCCCCUCAGCAGUCUGACCCCCAGUCCUGGUGUGGCCGACCCAGACAACAGCCCCAGCCACCACCUUUCCCAAUGUACCCAAGAAGGGCCUUCAGACCCAGGUCACAGAGCUCAACCCGCCGCCCUCCACCCCAGCAUCCGACUAUCCUCAACCUGGAGAUCAGCAUCCCCAACUACUUCCUGUUCCUCGAUGGCAACCAGGUGUCCCUGAGCCAGAGCACUCGUGGUGUUCCGGCCUCAAUGUUUUCCAGGUCGAGAUCUGCUGUGGUCAGGUCGGACGACCCCCCGGGGUACCUGUCCUUCUCCGUUCCAAUGGAGAUGGUGAGCGGAGGUUCCGGUCGGGACGGUCAGGCCCAGUUCCUGCAGGUCAUCAGUGAUGAAGGAAACACUGUUUACUCCCCUGCUCUCAUACACAUUGUCACCUCUGAACCCACAGAGAAAGAGGACCAGGAAGAAUCCGUGAGGUGGCCAACUAGUGGCCCAUUUAAUUGGUAGGAGACUGUUGUCUAGUAUCAAUGAACAUGUUUGCAUAUCAUUUAAAACGUUCUCCCUCUUCAUUAAAUAAACACAUGUUUUAAGUGAGA